UUUAGCGUGGAUGGAACGCAACUCCAAGUUGGGCAUUCUCAGUCUAUCGUGGGGCCCUGUUCCAUAGGAUAUUUAUGAUGGCUCUUUGAGGAUACCUUUGAGGGAUGUUUGUUCCAAGCUGCAGAAUGGCUUUCCUGCAAGUUCUCAGUUGUUCCAUGGGCUUGGGUGGGCUUCCCUCUAGUAGGGUUCUUCUUCAAAUUUCUGAAGUACUUGUGCCCAACCAGUAACCACUCUGCUUGCGGUACGCUCCUUCUCUGCGCAUGCACGUCGAAUCCCGAGGAGGAUGGAAUUCUGUGCCGUGGAAGGAGAGUUGGUGAGGCUUAACGGUCCUCUUCGGCAGGCUUCUCAAUCGUCUUCUCUGUGAUUCCUCUGCUACUUGUGAAGUUGGAAAGGGUUCCAUCAAGUUGUUGUGUGGUUAGAUUUUUGCCAUUAAUGGAAUAAAGCUGUUGAUGUUUUCUACACAAGGAUGAUGGCUGAAAGAAGUGAAGAGCUUUCUGUACACUCUAAAAAGGAAGAGGACCCUGCUGGAGAAGCCGUGGAUCCUAUAUUACCCCCAAUGGGAAGCAUUGUGACCAUGAUGCCAGUGGAAGAAGAAGAGGAAGAACCCCAUCUUAAGACCUCAGUCACUGCAAGUGGAGAAGGUGCUACUGUCAGCCCAAAGGCCCAGGAGGGUGUGGUAAAAGGUGGUUCCACAACAGCUAAAGGCCCCCCCAAAUGGGUUCCAAGAAACAAUGCUCCAUCUGCCAAAUUCAGUUAUCUCAGCAGUGCAGGGCUACUUCCUGAAGGCGGUGAUACCACGUAUGCAGGGGGAGCCAUCAGCCGUGAGGUCCCUCCCAGGGUUGCAGCAGCAGCUGACCGUGGACGUGUGCCCAGUGGGUACCCCAGAAGCCAUGAGAAAUUGAAUGCCGAAAUUAAGCGUCAACUAAUGAAGGAAAUUCGACGAUAUGGACGAAAUUAUGGAAGGAUUUUCGACCUGCUUGAAGAAGUGCAGGGACCUCUGGAAGUCCAGAUACAGUUUAUUGAGUUCACCAUCAAGGAAGCCGCAAGGUUUAAAAGACGCCACUUGAUUCAAUUCCUUGAGAAGAAACGUGAAGAAAUAUUGUCUCACAGAUUUCUCUCUAACCAUGAUCCACCAGCCGAUAUGUGAUCCUGUUAUUACUGUGGUCGCGAAGAUGCAACAAAUAGUUUAGUGUGUUCCUGAAUGUAGUAGGAGGAUGCUGAAGUCUCCUCGAAUGUGUUAGCUAAGAUAACUACCUCUAAGAAAACUGUCUUAAAGUACUCUUAAUAAAGAAGGGCUUUCUCCCUGUGCCUUUUGUUUGAAAGCAUAA